UGCUUUGGAUUGGUAUGCACCGUGAUAUCAGCAAGGUCGCCUGACGCAGACAAACACAUGUACGCGGCCUCCAACCGGCGCAAGGUCUCUCCAGCCGUCAGACUUUAAAAGACGAGCCACUCGGCCUUUGUCUUCAUUUCCUCGCCAUGGCGACCUAUGUUUUUCCCGUGACCGUCUCGCCGCUCCUCACGGUCCUCCUCGUCCUCGCCGCGCUCGCCAUCCUGGCGGCGCUUGGUCAGCGCUCCAGCGGGAUGCCCGGCCUGCCCCGGCUGCCCGUCGUGGGCAGUCUGCCUUGGAUGACGGGGACCACACCCCCACACCUGCUCUUCAUGAAGUUUGGGCGAAAGUACGGGCCGUUGUUCGAGCUCUACCUGGGGCCGCAUCGCACCGUGGUGGUCAACGACCACGACCAUGCCAGAGAAGUUUUGCUGCAGCGAGGGCGAGACUUCGCCGGGCGACCCAGCAUGGUGAUGCUCCGUGAAGCCGUUGAGGGCGUCCUUUUUGUGCCACACGUCAACUGUCGUUACGUCCAGCAGGUGACCACCGAUCUGCUGACCCGUGGCGGGAAAGACAUUGCCUUCUCGGACUACUCGCCGCUGUGGAAGCUGCAUCGCCGCCUGGUGCACUCGUCCUUCGCUCUGUUCGGAGAAGGAAGCAGCCGCCUGCAGGAUAUCGUUCUGUCCGAGGUGGACGGUUUGUGCGCAGAGCUGCUGUCCAGCAAUGGGCGGGGCUUUGACCCGUCACUCGCAGUAACCACGGCCGUCACCAAUGUGGUGUGCACGCUGGUGUUCGGCACCACCUACAAACAUGGCGACGGAGAGCUGCAGGAGGUGAUGCGCUACAAUGACGGCAUUGUGCAGACUAUCACCAGGGGAGGACUGGUCGACAUCUUCUCCUGGAUGAAGGUGUUCCCCAACGAGUCGCUAAGCAAGCUACGGGCGUGCAUCCGCGUACGAGACUGCCUCCUCACACAAAAACUGCACGAACACAAGGCGACGCUGAGCGAAGGUGACCCGCGAGAUCUCCUGGACGCCUUGCUGAAGGGUCAAGGGUCACCCGGGCCCGACGGGACGGUGAUCACAGACGACCAUGUGCUGAUGACGGCGGCGGAGGCCUUCGGCGCAGGUGUGGAGACGACAUCCACCACGCUGCUUUGGGUCCUGGCCUAUCUACUGCACCAUCCCGAGGUCCAGGAAAAAGCACAGAGGGAACUCGAUGAGGAAGUGGGCGAACGAGCUGUGCGUGCGGCGGACCGCGGGAGGCUCCCGUAUCUGGAUAGCAUCAUCAACGAGGGGAUGCGGAUCCGGCCGGUGAGCCCGGUGCUGAUUCCGCACAUCGCCAUGUCGGACAGCAGCAUCGGAGGUCACGCCAUCUGCCGUGGGACUCGCGUGUUGGUCAACAUGUGGGCCAUCCAUCACGACCCCGACCACUGGGACCAACCGGAUCUGUUCAAGCCAGAUCGCUUCCUUGAUGACCAGGGUCAGAGAGUCACACCCUCCUGCUUCCUGCCGUUUGGGGCGGGGCCUCGCAUCUGUGUGGGCGAAUCGCUCGCUAGGAUGGAGCUCUUCCUCUUCUUGUCCUCCAUGCUCCAGCGAAUGAGCUUUAUGCUGCCGGGCGGGGCUACUCCUCCCAACCUGCAGGGUCGUCUCGGCGUAGUAUUGCAGCCACUGCCUUAUAAGGUUGCCGUCAGGCCAAGGGCGGGGUGGGAAGUUAGCACUCACGUUAACUAACCAAUUGCUUAUGAAAAUGUCAUCUUUUUUUUUCAUUCAUGAUCCGAAAUGACAGUGCUUCA